AUGAACGCUUUAAAUGGCGUGACGAUCGAAGUACUGGCGGCAGCAGCAGCGUCACUUGCUGCCGUAGUGUCUGCAGCAGCUAUUGGUGUGCAACACACUAAGCGGAAACGUGAGGAGCCCGAGGGAGAAGAGCAGGAGUCGGGAGCUUUGCAACCACGGAAGAAGAAGAAGCGCUGUACAGCUGUUGAGCACCCGGUGGUUGUCGCCAAUGGCGUGACAGUUGACAUGGAGCCAGUGGUCGCAGAACUCAAGCGUCGGGCAACGUCGGACAAGUGGCGUCACAAGAUCGUGUACACUUUUCUGGACGACCGAGGUCGUGAGACAAUUAACUUGAGCUUUGACGAUGUCGAUCGAGCAGCGCGUAAGGUUGCCGCCGCGCUGCAGCGCAAUGCGCGUGCCAGUAUGGGAGACCGAGUGGUACUGUGCUAUCCUCCAGGGUUGGACUUUGCGCUGGCCUUCUGGGGCUGUCUCUAUGCUGGCGUUGUGGGUAUUCCGGUGUACCCUCCGUAUCCUAACACGUUGGCAAAAGACUUACCAAAGUUUAAUCGCCUUGUUGGAGACUCUGGUGCUUCGAUUGUGCUGACCAACACGACGUACCAUCUUGCGAGCAAGAUCGCUACCGUGAAGGAUUUUUUUCUACGGCGAUACGACGAGGAAGAUGCACUGUCGCUGACGCACGAUGAUGUGGCGUUCUUACAGUACAGCUCGGGCUCCACGUCGACCCCGAAGGCUGUUAUGAUCUCGCACGGCAACCUGAAAGCGCAGCUCAAGACAUGGGAAAGCAUCGUGCCGACGGACAUCAUGGUGAGCUGGCUACCAAGCUAUCACGACAUGGGGUUGGUCGGGUUUAUCAUUGCACCGUGCGUCAGGGGUGCGAGAUGCGUGAGUAUGUCGCCAAUUAGCUUUAUCAAGGACCCGUCGCUCUGGAUGCGCACAGCUAGCAAGUAUAAGGCUACGCACGUGUGUGCACCGAACUUUGGCUUUGCCCUUGCGGCUAGGAAGACGAGUGACAAGCAGACAGUAGAAAUGGACUUGAGUUCGCUCAAAUGCACCAUUUGCGCAGCCGAGCCAAUUCGUCGCGAGUCGCUGGAAGCAUUCGCAUCUAAGUUCAAAGCUGCUGGCUUUGACAUGGACACGUUUAAUUGUGGCUAUGGUCUGGCAGAAGUGACUUUGGUAUGUACUGGUUAUGAGCAACCUCAGAAGCCAACGCUACUGGAUCUCAAUAAGCGCGUGUUGGAGACACAACAUCGAGCUGUUCCGUUGGGCGGUAAGAAGAGAAACAGUCGUACCGCCACGAAUGUUAUACAGCUCGUAGGCUGUGGAAAGGCCAUGCCGACCUUCAAGAUAUUGAUUGUCGACCCGAUUACAAAAAAGCCGCUUGACGAGAUGCAGGUCGGCGAGAUCUGGAUACAGGGACCAUCGGUUGCUGUCGGCUACUGGAAUCGUCCCGACACUUCUAAAGAGGUGUUUCGUGCGCGGCUUGCUGGCAUGAAAAGUUUAAAUGACACGUACCUGCGCUCUGGUGAUAUGGGUUUUCUCUCGAAUGGUGAGCUCUUCGUGACUGGGCGUCUCAAGGAUUUAAUAAUAAUUCGAGGCCGCAACGUGUGCCCGCAAGAUGUUGAGGCAUCUAUCGAAAACUCUCACCCGUAUGUUCGUCCGGGCUGCACUGCUGCUUUUUCGGUCGAAAAAGGUGAAGAAGAGGCGCUUGUGGUAGUUGCGGAGGUGAAGAAUGGGUCUUCGCAACAGACGCUUGAGGUAGUUUGCCGUGACAUUGUGACGGCGGUGCUGUCGGAGCAUCAAUUGAAGUGCGAAGCUAUCGUGCUGCUCCGCCAAAAGACAAUCGCUAAGACCACAAGCGGUAAAAUUCAGCGCAGCGCUUCAAAGACGCAAUUCUUAAAUGGCACACUGAUGAAGCCGUUGUUUGAGUAUAGGGCAACGACUGGCAACUUACUUGCGUCGUCUUCCUCCGUACCAGAUAAGCCCACGAAAGAAGUAGCGUCAUCUGAACAAUUGUUUAAGACGCCUGAUGAAAUUCUUGCAUGGUUGCUGGAUGCUUUGGCGCAGGAGACGAAAUUGCCGACAACAGAUGGUGCUGGGUUAAUUGCGAGUGUGUCUGUGGUCAUUGACGCUAACACUCCUUGGGCGAUGUGUGGAAUGGAUUCGGUGGCAAUCGUUGGUUUGUCGUCGGAUCUGGGAGAAUACCUUGGGUGCAUCGUUCCCCCGUCUGCAUUUUUUCAGUAUGAUACUCCAUUUAAGCUUGCUAAUGCCCCUGGACUGGCGUCUGGUGACUUAGCCGGCGACCAGGUAGAUGACCGUCUAAAUAGCGUGGAAUCGCUGCAGCCUGCAACGACGAUGGGAGAGAUUGACGCAAGCUUUUUUGAGAUUGACAAGUUUCCAGAGGUCCAACAGCUCUUUGGACAAAUGAAACAGUUUGAAGAAGCAGGGUUGUGUGUGCCUUUUUUGGAGACGCUAACGCCUGCGAAGCGUCGUAUGACCAAUUUUAAUACUUACAAUUACCUGGGCAAUGCAUCAGAUCCUGGAGUAGCAGCUGCUUCAAAAGCCGGAAUUGACGAAUAUGGCACGACAAUGAGCUCGUCUCCCAUAGUCGGUCAGACGCAAGUGAACGUGGACUUGGAGGAGGCACUUAGUACUUUUUUCAACGCAGAGGCUAGCAUCCUAUUUGUCGGGGGAUGGGUGGCUAACGUCACAACAAUUGAUGCACUUGUGUCCAAGGGUGAUUUGAUUCUGUGUGAUGCGCUUAACCACGACUCGUGUGUUAGCGGGCAACGCCUCAGCGGCGCCACCAUCUUGCCAUUUCCCCACAAUGACACCAAAGCGCUAGAGCGUAUGCUAUCGAAGCUGCGUACAAAGUACCGUCGCGUGCUCAUCGUGAUCGAAGGUGUGUACAGCAUGGACGGCGACAUACCGGACGUGCAUGAGAUGAUCCGCAUCAAGAAGAAGUACAAGGCUUUGCUGUUUCUCGACGAAGCACACUCUUUUGGCACAAUGGGGGCUACGGGGCGUGGCAUUUGCGAGCAUUUGAAUGUCGAUCCGAAGGACGUUGACGUGCGUAUGGGUACAAUGAGCAAGGCUUUGGGCUCGGUUGGAGGCUUCAUUCUAGGAUCGCAAACACUGAUCAAGUAUCUGAAGCAUUGUGCUGGCGGUUUUGUGUUUUCGGUUGGCUUGGCCCCUGCAUGUGGGUCGGCCGCCUUGCGAUCCAUCCGGUUGAUGACGGAGACCCCAUCGCGCACGAUUACGUUGCAGGAGCGCAGUAAGAAAUUCUACGACUUGUGCAAGAUGCACAUGAUCCCAAUGGGUGAAAACACUUUCCGCGGUGCGCCAGUGGUUGUAGUGAUGAUUGGCAGCACCAUUGCAACUGCAAAGGCGUCCGAGUUUCUAGCCAUGCACGGGGUCAAUGUGAAACCCAUUGUGUACCCAGCAGUUGAGGAGGGCAAGUGUCGUCUGCGCUUUUUUAUUUCGGCGUUGCAUACGCCGAAGCAGCUGGAGGACACUGUCCUCACACUAGAGACCUAUCUUUGUGAGGGUGUUAAAGACGCUCGUAAGGCUGCUACGGUUGCAGCUAAUGACACCUCGACGGAUCGUGUUGCAAAGGUGAGUGAGGACGAUGGUAUUCAGAAAGCGAAGAAGCGCGCGGCGAAGAAAAAACGAUCGUAG